AUGCCGUCGGAGGAGUUUGAUUUAUUUCUCCUCGGGGGCUCUAUCAGUCCGAACAUGUGGGCGUUGAUCUUGCUGGUGAAUCAGUUUCUUGUUGAAAAGCGUUUCUGUGCGCUUCGAUAUCUUCUCGUAGAAGUCGGGUUCGUAGAGGUCACGCUGCGGGAACAGGUUGAGCGCGAGCUCGUUACCGUCCUCCAGGUUGUCCCUGAGACUACCUCCGUAGUACUUCAGGAACUCUUCCGGCGCCACUGGCAGCUUCAUAAUGGUGUAAUUACCAGUUAUCAUCUUUUGCACGACCUCGACGAACUGUCGGAUGAAAAGCGAGACGGAUUCCCGGAUGCUUUGAGGGCUGAGACGUUCCAUCUUUUUGCGCACCAGUCUGCGUUCGAGGUUCCGGAACGUCGUCGCCACGAGCGCCUGGUACCUGGUAUCAAGUGUGGUGAGGAACCCAUUGAUGCUAAACAUUUGCAAAAGCCGAUCAACUACGGUCAUACCAUCCCUUCCAACGGCGUCAUUUGUAACUUCGAACGACGUUCGGAUCAUGUUUUCCACCUCCUCAUGGCCUUUGGCAAUUUGGCGCUUCAUCUCACGCUUGUUGGCAAGGAAGUCGCCCGACUCCUUGGCCUCAAUGCUCAGCGAGAACAACUCGAGCAGGUGCAGCGGCAGGAUGUUACCCUUAGAAUCCGUGAUGGUUCGUUUCAGAACGCGGUCCAUGAGCUGUUCCACCGUCCUGAUGUCGGUCUUCUCGUUGAUGAGGAACUCGCGGGCACGGGUGCCGACGACGAUGGUCUGGUGCGGAGAAAGACCCAGACCUGUUGGAGGCGCCGUCGUAAUGAACUCCUUGAGCGACCAUGGCCAGUUUGCGGGAUCGUCGGAGCUCUUCUUGACCAAGAGGUACAGGUCAUUGGGGUUGUUUUUCACAUAGUUGCGGACGACGUUCCUGGUGAAUUCCGCGCCUGUUUUCGAGUCGUCCUUGAUACCUGGAAGGUCCACGAAAAUGGCGUUGACGCCGUUGGGCACGAACACUUCGACUUCCAACUCGUCAGCCAGGAUGCGAUCCCCGAUGGAUUGCAUGUGCGAGCGCAUGGCGUCCUGCACACUGCGAAUGUCCAUCAGCUUCCCGUCGAACAGACACCAUAUGGUGCCUCCCUUCAAGUUCGCGGGGUCGAUUUGCACCUUUAG